AUGGCCAGAUCCAUCAUCAAAAGGUACAGGUGCUCCAGAAGACAUCUAAGAACAAUCUCCAGCAAGAAAUUACAUUCGAGUACUGACUUAGGCCAUAGGAAUUAUUCACUCUAUGUGAACAGGGUCCUAAAGGAAGUGGUUCCCCAGAAGGGCAUAUCGUCUCGCACCUUGUGCGUCAUGAACACUCUAAUCAAUGACAUCUUUGAGCGCAUUGCUAUGAAAGCCUGCAAUAUGAUGCAUUUCCGAAAUCGUUGCACUCUUACCCCAGAAGAUAUCCAGAGGGCGGUAUAUUUGCUGUUGCCUGGGAAACUAGCAAAGAAUGCAGUGGGUUUUGGAAGCGAAGCAGUCAACAGAUAUGUCCACUCCUAA